AAAACUCGCUCUGCGGCACAAGCUCUUCGUCCGCGGAGCCAUUUCUUUCUCCUUCUCUUCGCCUCUUCGAGCACUGAGAUAUAUAGAGAGAAGAAGGAUGGUUUUGAGAUAUACAGAUAUCAGAGAGGACAUCAUCUUUUGGCUCUUUUGGUUUUGAAUUCAAAGCUGCUGUGAGAAUUGAUCUUAGAAACCUUUCACCAGAGAUAAGCAAGGUAUUCAUUGAAUUUUAUUUUUUUUUCAUUUUUUCCAUUUUCUUUCCAUUUACUAACUGCCAAUAUAAUGGAGAUUUUGUCAUUUCACUUGUAUUUUCUUGUCUGAUUUGAUCGUAUUUGCCAAAUUUUAGGUGUUUAGUCUUUUCUUUCAUUAUAGUAUUUUAUUCUUUUAAAGCUGAUGUCAUAGUUUCUUAUUGUCUUGGAACUUGUAACUAUCUUUCAUGGAAGAAGGUGGUGGUGGUUGCCGGAGGCUCUCGCUUUUGGACGAAAUGUCUGCAUUUGAGAGAAGAGACCUUGCCGGCUUGACUUUGGAUGCCGUGUUGAACUCUGCCUAUGAGAAACAACCACCGGUGAUCGUUUCUCCAACGCCUGCUCAGGUGAACAGAAGUCUUUUGGACAUAAUCCGCAACGAAGAGCGUCAUGGUUCCUUAUUUGGCCACAAGGACAAAAGCUGGAAAGCAUUCAGAGAGCGCCUUCGCCAGAAGCGCGCCGGUUCUGCUUGGACCUCCUCCGUCCCUAUCCCUGCCUCUGAUAUUCCUAUCCAGAAUAACAAUUAUAAUUUUAACAAUGGUACUAAUCAAAGAUCCUUCAUGUGCCGCCGCAAUUCGGCGCGUUUCACAACCGUUUCCUCCCCCACAUCGGGCGAGUCGAUUCAGACGGAUGACUCCAGACAGCAAAUGUCUCGCUGGGGCUCCUCCCGGUGCCGUUCACCUACACCGUCCGAGUCUACGGGGUUAGAUGGAUCAUCUAUGCACGCUCUCGCGGUGGGAGAUGGACUUCCAUCACGGAGUUUCAUGCCGCAAAUGUCGCCGCACAAUUGCCCCGACCUACUCCAAGACAGCGACGAAGAGCAUCGAGGAGCGGCAUUGGCGAGCGAGGGAAUGUUCUCGGCGAGGGAGGCAGUAGUGGCACAGGAAGCGGCGGAGGCAGCUGCUCAAGCAGCGGCUGCAGCUGCGUCUGAGGACGAGGAAGCGAGCGGCCCAACAAAUGAAGGGACGGCGGAGGCGGAACCAGCGAAGAUGUCAUUACUGGACUUGUUGGAGGAGACAGACAGGGAGAUGGGAUUGGUGGGGUCGAGUUACACUGUGGGAGAUAAGAACCGGGAAUGCUACGAAGAGGAAGAAGGUGAUGAUGAUGAUGAAGCGGACGGUGGGAUAGAGCACACAUGCUGCGUGUGCAUGGUUAGGCAUAAGGGUGCGGCAUUUAUCCCCUGUGGCCACACCUUUUGCAGACUAUGCUCAAGAGAGCUUUGGGUCCAAAGGGGUAAUUGCCCUCUAUGCAAUGGGUUCAUUUUAGAAGUUCUUGAUAUUUUUUAGUUUUUUUUUUCCCUUUUUAAUUUCCAAUCUUAUCUACAAUCACAAUAAAUUUCAAAUUCAUAGAAGCAUCUUUUUUUUU